AUGCGCCCUGAGGACCACAAUCCAUUGGUGAAUACACACCUCAAGCGCGCUGAAGAAAGAUGCCUGAAGGCUUCGCAUUCCUCUGUGGUCUGUCCUCCACAAUCAGGUGGAUCGCGCAUGGAUGCAGACCUAUUUCUGCUCCUCGACUCGAGCGCACAAGAUAGUUUCGAGUUCCUCAAUGCAACCAAGGAGCUCAUUCCCAAAGGGCAAGCCAUCUCCGCGCUUGAAGAGAGCGCACUAUCGGGUCCUGCUCGUUCAAGUAUCUCGGUCGAAGUCCAAGGACAAGAACCUGAAAGGUUGACGCGCCGAGCACAAGACCAUUCUCAGGCUGCCAAUUUGGAAGCUUCUGUGAGUCUUCUGUGCCAUGAAGGGAACACUGAGAUACUGUAUAGCAACCCCGUGACGAUCAGCCGGAGGGAAAGCAUCGACGAGUCAAGUGGAGAAGGAAUGGAAGCAGCUCAAGGGGGAUCCCCCGCCAGCCAAGAGAUGAAGCAGAACUCAACGGCCGAGGGAGAGCCAGGAGCGUGUACCAUCCUGCAGGCAGAAACCAUCAACGAAAGCAGAACGGAGAACCUUACGACGACAUUGGAGACGACCGGCACCCCUGAAGACGGUCAAGCUGUUCGUGCUUCUGCGCGAGGAGAACACCUAACUCCUCUGAGCGAGGCUUUUCGGACCGUAGACACAGGGCGUCCGAACGGGCUCCUGUGCGUGGCGAAACGGACGCAGCUCCCCACCCUCCUGGAUAACUCGCCCCCACAGCAACCGGCGUCAGAAGAUGGACAGGCUCCGAAAAGGCUGGGUUUUGCGGAAAAGAAGUUCGGGCGAGAUUUUGAGAGCUUUAUUGGCGAAGAGCGGGCCACGGGAACAUUGGGGGAGAACCCUGACUUGCGCGCCGGCUCGUUGGACCAAGCUGAAGAUCGGGGCCCUGUGGAGAGGUCUCUUGGUGGCGUCCGCGGCUUCAAGAAGGGCCUGCGGACAGCCUUCCUGAGCCGCGACAGGGCCCGGGAUGCGGACGGGUUCUUCUCCGCGAGGAGGCUCCCGCGCGCCGCGCGCGCGGGCGAUCCCGUUUCUACACAGGCUGGUGUACAGUCUGACCAGCGAAGCGAGGCGCUUCCCGGGCAGCCGCUCUCAAACGGCCUCAAAAAAUUUGAUGGAGUGUUCCCGGAAGGAUCUCCAGCAGAAGCGCCCGGUCCCUUCGACCGAGAACUCCUCACCAGCUUGGGCAUCGGCAAGGAUUCAUUGGAGCGGGCGGCCGGCAGCUCCCCAACGGCGGUCCUCUCGCCGCGCGCGCUCGUUGCGCAGCCGCCCGACUCCCUCAGUCUGGCCCACCUUUCACCUCCUCUCCAAGCGUAUCAGGGAAACACAAACUUCCCCAAUCACUAUCAUUCCCCUUCAAACGUUCCGGCUUUUGCCCACUCUCCCUCAGCCCUGGAUUUUCUCAACUCUAUGCAACUCCCGCCUUUUGAGCCUUCUCGAGCCCCGCCGAGCCUCUCUCAGUUUCUCCAAAGGCCGGAAGUAACUAGAUCGGAGGACUCAUUUGGUGCUGAGCCGGCCGAAGAAGCCGCCCCGGGAAUCUCGGGGUUCAAGUCAAUGCUGCGGAAGAAGCAGCAAGUGCGCCCGGGGAAGUCUACCGAGCCCAACGCGCUGCCGGUUAUUCUGGAGGGAAAGCCGGUGGAGCUGAAUAGGAGGGUCUCUGCCAGCCCGAAGUCCCCAAUGGAUCUGGUGGAAUCGGAUGACCCGGUGGGAGGAGCCGAGGACGUAAACGGACGGCGCAAGCAGCCCGGCCGCGGCGUGAAGCGGCCGGCCGCCAACUCGCCGUCGGCAGUGGGCAAGCGCAGCUCGCAGUACCGCGGCGUGACGAAGCACUGCAGUACUGGGCGUUACGAAGCUCACCUGUGGGACAACAGCAGCCGCAAGGAGGGCAUCAACAAGAAGGGACGACAGGUGUACCUGGGCGGGUACGAAAAGGAGACGGACGCAGCCCGGGCGUACGACCUUGCCGCUCUCAAGUACUGGGGCGUAGGCACCAACUACAACUUUCCGCUGAAGGACUACGAACAGGACCUCAAAGAGAUGGAAGACGUGUCUCGCCAGGAGUUCGUCGCCACCCUCAGAAGGAAGAGCAGCGGCUUCUCGCGCGGCGCGUCCAAGUACCGCGGCGUGACGCGGCACCACCAGCACGGCCGCUGGGAGGCGCGCAUCGGGCGCGUGCUCGGGAACAAGUACCUCUACCUGGGGACGUACCCGACACAGGAGGAAGCGGCGCAGGCUUACGACAUCGCCGCGGUCAAGUACCGGGGCGUGCACGCGGUCACCAACUUUGACCUGAGCCGCUACCUGGAGUUCAUGCGCCCCGGCGGCAGCCAGACGCUUCCGGCGCCCCCCUCAGCGGACAGCGAAGGCGGGACGGGCGCCGAAGAAGGCUCGGACCUGACUUACGGGUCGCCUAGAAAGAGAAAGAGAGCGGGCUCUGAGCGGCCGGCGGCUCGUUCCUUUGAGCCCAGGGUCCUGUCUACGCAGAUAGUGAUGCCGUCCCCAGCACCACGUUUCCCCGAGCCGGCGUCUCCCACCGAGCCGGCGUCUCCUUACCAAGUCGACCCGCGAAUCGACCCCCGCUACGCUCCUCUAUCAGUCGACGAUCAGCAGGCGCUAAGUGACCAGUUCUACUUUGGGGGGGAGUUCUCCCCCACCCUAGACCAGCCUUUCAGCCCCCUGAACACCACCCACGCCGUUCAUCUGCCGAACCCCCUCCAAUACUGCCAGCUCGUUCCGUACCCGAACCUGUCCCUGAACUUUCCCCAAGCUCUGAGCCAGUUGUUCCCGGUCUAUCCUGGGCUCGGCCAGUACCCCCAGACCUUGCCCGGUGCUUACGCCCCGGGUCUUCAAGUGGGGUCAGAUAACAGGGAGGGUGCGGAGGAUGCGGUGCAUGCGUCGAACGGGCUUGUGCCGCCCGGGUACUCUGCCUGGGACGCGGCACAGUGA